AUGUUACUCGGAGCUCGUAUCAAUGUGUUUACUGAUCAUAAGAACCUUACUCACAAACUUUCCGCUUUUCAAACUCAACGUGUUAUGCGAUGGCGAUUGCUGUUGGAAGAGUUUGGUCCAACCUUUCAUUACAAGCCGGGCCCCCAGAACGUCCUUGGCGACGCCCUCAGCCGGGUGCCCACUUCUCGCGAAGAUCGCGACAAUGCCGAUUCUGAUCCCCUUUCCACAUCUGCCGACCGAUGUUAUUCCAUUGUGGAGGAGAAUCAGAGGUUGGCUGAAUGUUUGAUGCAUCACCCAGACGAUGGUAUGGAAGAAUCUUUCCUGAAGCAUCCUACAUUCGACGGAGAAGGAAGGAAUCCCUUCAAUUUCUCGGUCCUCGCGGAGUACCAAGCAGCUAGUGCAGUUUUGGCACAGACUGUGGUUGAUAACCUGGAACGAUUUUUCAAGAAGAUGUUUGGAAACAGUGAGCUGAUAUGCUUUUGUCAGAAUGACGAGGACAAGAUUGUCCUGACAAAAGAGUUGCUUCCCAAGUUGGUCAGCUUCUAUCACAAGUCCAUGGCACAUGUCGAAGGCAUGGAUCAUUUAGAACAAACGAUCAAGACACAUUUCUAUCAUAGAGGUAUUCGCGACGAAGUCCGAAAACAAAUUGAGCAGUGCGAAGCAUGUGCGAAGAACAAACGAGCACGACGUGCUUAUGGAGAAUCUGCUCCAUGUGAUGCUACGGCGAUGCCCUGGCAAGAAGUCCAUUGUGACACAAUCGGUCCGUGGACGAUUGAGUUGACUUUCAAUGCUAUGACGAUGGUGGACCCCUGCACAACCUUGUUAGAGAUUGUGCCUCUCAUGCGACGCACGUCGGAAGAAGGUGCCGGAGUGGUCGAAGAUACGUGGUUUGCUCGGUAUCCUCGACCCACGAAAGUGGUUACGGACAACGGUCCGGAGUUCAAACUGGAAUUCAUUGCGAUGGUGAAAAAGAAUGGUGCAGUGCAUCGCUACUCGUCCCCUCGUAAUCCACAAGGUAACUUGAUGAUUGAACGGACUCAUCAGGCAAUUGGUCAAGUAUUGAGAACCAUAGUGGUCUCGCGCGAUCCCAAGAGUGUUGCUGAUGGGAUCAAGGUCAUUUCCGAAACCUUGGCGACAGCGAUGCAUGCUCAUCGUUGUUCCGUGCAGAGUACGAACGCGUAUCUCACUCCUGGUGCUCUUGCCUUCAAACGAGAUAUGUUUCUUGAUAUUCCUAUUUAUGCAGACAUCCUGGCCGUGCAACGACACCGUCAAUCCUUGGUUGACAAACGUUUGCUGCGGGCCAAUGCUAAACGCAUUUCCUAUGACUACGAGGUCGAUGACCUGGUCUACAAGCGUGCGUAUCUCGGUCUCAGUGAUAAGUUGAAGCCUACGGCUUCCGAUAACUUUUAG